AUGAACCAGACCAAAGGACUGAUUAUUAAUGGGCGCUACGGGAUCAGGGAAGUCAUCUCUGCGUACGCGAUACAUUUCCCGCUUUACUUUGCCAACGCUAUUGUUGGAGAGGAUGUCGCUGAAGUUGGGGAUGGGCUGGAGUCCAUCACGGCUGAGGUCUCUGCGUACCCUUUCACUCACAACGAUAUCGAGAUGAGAGUCGUCGACACUCCAGGGUUCGAUGAGUUCAUGGCGACUCAAUCGAUUUCCGACCUGGAUAUACUCCAGAAAAUCGCAGAGUUUAUGAAACGCGAGUACGUCACUUCCAACCCACGAAUCAGAUUGAAACCACAAACACAGCGACACAAGCUGGCCCGGCUCAUUCUACGACUGGAGGAAUCACAGGACUUAGUGAAGUGCUUACUCGAGGAGAAGGAGCAACAAGCCCAAGAAAUCGUGAAGUACGUCCAAGAAGUAGAGAGACUAAACGAUGUCAUCAAAGAGUUCCAAUUUCCAAACGUGGGGCACUCCAAUCCACCCUAUCCCGCCAUGUCUAGCACGAGUGGGGACUCGUACUACGCAAACCACGAUUCACCCAUCAUCGGUCCACGAGCGAUCGCUGCACCAGGAAUGCACGCCUCCCGGUCUGCGACACUACCCUUAAGUCCCAGUCCCGGAAUGCCAGUCCCAGAGCUGCGCAUGCCGACACCCACCCACUACACCGCUUCGGACGAGAAAGUAUAUUCCCCAGACGAGCCCCACGGAAUACCAGAAUUUAUUCUGGUCAAGCAGGUGUAUCCUUCGCCUCAACUAAUCCAAGGAUCGCUCCGAUACAUGGUGGAUUCAUUCGCUACACACGAGGACGAAAAUAGCACUCUCAAAUCCUGCAACCGCACAUUGGAAGAAUGGGCCCUUGAACGCUCUCAGAGCAACUUGCUCUCGAGUGCCAAACGGCCCAGUACGGCCGGGGACACCGGGCCCGGGUUUGAUGGAAAUAAGCGCCCACGCCGGAACCAAGCCGAAGUUGGCGUGGGUCCCACUGGCAAGGGAGCAUCAACGCCAACAACACCCAAAAAAACAAGGUCAGGCGAUGGCUCAACUCCCGCCGAGGAGGCCGUAUUGUUCCUUCUUCAUGGGAUCAUUAAGGUGAAACACUAA